UAGCUAGUUUAGCUAGUCUCUGUAAUUUGUCAUAGUUAUUUUCUUUUAUAUACUGUUUCUUAAUAUUAAAACAAAUAUAUUUAUUUAAACAAAUAAGUGACUAUCAAUUAACUGUGAUAAAUACUUAUUACAUAAAGAAAAUGGCGAAUAUUUCAAAUAUUCAAACGGACUCUACAACUUCACCAUUAACAGAAGAAAAGGAGCUUACCGAAGCUACAUCAAGUAAACAACAAGCCGAGGUCGACAUGGAUGAUGAAAUAUCUGCACGGAUGACCGCGUCUUAUAGUGAGAUAUCAUUCCACUCUGAUCAUGGUCAAUCAAAUGAAGAACAGGCAAAAGCCACUGGUCCAUCAAGACCAUAUGAUUUGCCUUCAGAGAAUCGGAAGCAAGAAAAAUUUCCGUUAGAUCUUGAUGGACAUGUUAGUUAUGAAGGAGACAUGACACACUAUGUUGCUGAUGAUCUAGAAUUUAAGAUAAAAUUGUCUAGCCCCAUUACUAAAAGAGGUGAAACUCCAGUAUUUGGCAGUUCCAGUGCAUCACGAUCAAGUACUCCAUCUGGUAAACUCUACAGACAGAUAUUAGCACCACAGAUUGGUCAAAUAGAUAUAACUGUCCUGAAUGAUCUUGAGUAUGAAGCUCAAAAGAUUGCUCAAUCUGUUGAUAAUUUAAUAGAAAACCUAUCAAGUAUUUUACAUUCCAAUUCUUCAUUGACAGCAGAAAAUAUGGAAGUUUAUAAAGAAGCAGUCGGAAAGACUUGUGAUGCAAUGGAUAACAACAUUAAGAGUAUGUAUACAAUAUUAGCCAAAGGUGAGGAAGUGUCACAGGCUAUGAUACCAGUUCAAGCACAAGCAGCCAGAAUAGCAGAAAUAAAGAGACUUCUCCAAUUAUUUGAGAGUAACUUUUAGAAUAAUUAGCUGUAGAUAGAUACUCUUUAUUGUUUCCUCCAAAAGAUUACAAUAGUAAACUUAUUGUAAAUACAAACAAUUACAAGAAAUAAUCACAGUGAGAAAACAAUGGGUGGCCUUAUCGCUAAAAGCGAUAUCAUCCAGGCAACCUUUGAAUCAAGAGAAGUAAUUAUAAACUGUAAUGAUUGAUCUCUGUAAAUAUAAAGUAACUAAUAAAGUUUGUAAAUAUUUAUUAGAUUA